CUACCGCCAAAAAUUUCGCAGCGCCUCCACCCCAAUUCGUCCAGUUCCAGUCCCCAACUCCAAUCGAACCCGCCUCUCCACUUUCUAAUCCCCCAAGCCGAAGCAGCAAUCGAAGCAUCCGGAGGCCGCUCCAUCCACACCAUUUCUGCUGAUUUCACUUUAGGAGGCGAGGUGAUGCCCUCGAGGAGCAAGCACAACCGACUCGGCGUCGACGGCGGCGAGGAGGAGGAGGAGGAGGAGGAAGAGAUCGUCGGCAUCUCAUCUGACUCUGACGACUCGGAGUCGGAGGCGGAGCGCGGGGCCGAGGCGGAUGACGACGACGACGAAUACGUGGGGGAAACCAGUGACGCCGGCGGCGGCGACGAAGCGGAGGAACGAGGUAGCAGCGACAGCGGCGACGGCGGCGACGGCGGGCGGCCACUUCAGGGUGGGAGGCGCGGGGUUAUGGCGCCCGAUAGGGAGAGGAAAUCGCAGAACGUCGAUGCUCUGGUCAGGGGUAACCUGGUUGUAAGGAGGCAGCCGCUCAUUCCACGUAUUCUUUCGGUUUCUGAUGCCGCGGCAAUAGCUCGCAAGCCAUUCAAGCCUCCAUGUCAAAAUGGAUAUAGUGAGAAUAAUGAGCAGCUUGCUCGGCGCCUUUCAGCUCGUAAAAGAUUUGUCCCGUGGGGUUCAACACAGACAUUUGCGGUUACACAUAAUCUUCCACAAUCACCUGCUGCUGCCAGUGUUAGUUCAUCAGAAAAGGAGGAACCUCUUCCACCUGGCAUAGAACCAUUGAUUUUAUGGCAACGUGAGGAAUGUGACAAGGAAAACUGUGAUUCUGCUGCAAUCGAAGUUGAUCACCUGCUUGUACGUUACCUCCGACCCCAUCAAAGGGAAGGAGUUCAGUUUAUGUUUGAUUGUGUCUCUGGGUCGUUGAGUGAUGAUGGUAUUUCUGGUUGCAUUUUAGCUGAUGAUAUGGGAUUGGGGAAGACUUUACAGUCAAUCACUUUACUAUACACCCUUCUUUGUCAAGGCUUUGAUGAUAAGCCAAUGGUUAAAAGGGCUGUCAUUGUAACCCCCACAAGCUUAGUCAGCAACUGGGAAUCUGAGAUAAUUAAGUGGUUAAAAGGCAGAGUGCAGCUGCUUGCACUCUGUGAAAGCACGCGCGCCGAUGUUCUUUCCGGGAUAGAAAGUUUCUUAAAACCCUUGAGCCGUCUUCAGGUACUUAUCAUAUCUUAUGAGACGUUCCGCAUGCAUUCUUCAAAAUUUGAAAGACCAGGCAGCUGUGACCUUCUGAUAUGCGAUGAGGCCCACAGGCUGAAAAAUGAUCAGACACUGACAAAUAAGGCGUUGGCUGCCCUUCCUUGUAAACGGCGCAUCCUCUUGUCCGGUACCCCAAUGCAGAAUGAUUUGGAAGAAUUCUAUUCAAUGGUGAAUUUCACAAAUCCAGGGGUUUUGGGGGACGCUUCAUAUUUCCGCCGAUAUUAUGAAGCACCGAUCAUUUGCGGAAGAGAACCCACUGCAAGUGCAGAAGAAAAGAAGUUGGGAUCUGAGAGAUCUGCAGAGCUUAGUGCAAAAAUAAAUCAGUUUAUAUUGAGAAGAACAAACGCUCUGUUAUCCAAUCACUUGCCUCCAAAGAUUGUUGAAGUUGUGUGCUGCAAGCUGACUCCUUUGCAGACAACACUGUACAACCACUUCAUACAUUCCAAAAAUGUUAAACGCCUGAUAUCUGAGGAAGCAAAGCAAUCCAAAAUUCUGGCAUACAUUACUGCACUUAAGAAAUUAUGCAACCAUCCAAAGCUGAUCUAUGACACCAUAAAAAGUAACAAUUCAGGUGGCUCUGGUUUUGAUGAUUGUCUGCGCUUUUUUCCACCUGAACUGUUUUCAGGAAGAUCUGGAUCAUGGACUGGUGGAGGAGGAAUGUGGGUAGAACUAUCUGGAAAAAUGCAUGUAUUGGCAAGAUUACUGGGGCAUCUGCGUCAGAAAACUGAUGAUCGUAUUGUCCUUGUAUCAAAUUAUACUCAGACAUUAGACCUGUUUGUUCAAUUAUGUCGGGAAAGAAGAUACCCAUAUGUUAGACUUGAUGGAGCAACAUCCAUUAGUAAAAGGCAAAAGCUGGUGAACCAAUUCAAUGAUCUAUCUAGGGAUGAGUUCGUCUUUCUACUAAGUAGCAAGGCGGGUGGUUGUGGGCUUAAUUUGGUAGGAGGAAAUCGUUUGGUUCUCUUUGACCCUGAUUGGAACCCUGCCAACGAUAAGCAGGCUGCUGCUCGAGUAUGGAGAGAUGGACAAAAAAAGAGAGUCCACAUUUACAGGUUCUUAAGCACAGGAACCAUUGAGGAGAAGGUAUAUCAACGUCAAAUGUCAAAGGAAGGCCUCCAGAAAGUUAUUCAGCAGGAGCAAACGGACAACAAAAUGCAGGGGAGUUCUCUUUCAACAGAAGACCUACGUGAUCUUUUUACUUUUCAUGAACAAGUCAGGUCUGAAAUACAUGAAAAUUUGAAGUGUAGCCGCUGUAACAAGGAUGGGAAUUCGCUUUUAGAUGGUAAUGGUUUUGAUUUAGGAGCAACUGAGCAUAAGUCUUCGCUGCCAGGAGUGCAAGAUUAUAUUGAUAUUGGUGGAUUUGGAGAGAUUUCUGGAUGUUUGCAGAAAAUGAAUAGUUCACAUCAUCAGAUUGGAAGACCUUCUGAAGAAGAUUUAGGAAGUUGGGGACAUCAUUGUGAUCCAUCAACGGUACCUGAUACUAUACUGCAGAGUUCUGCUGGUGAUGAGGUUUCUUUUGUUUUCACCAAUCAGGUUGAUGGAAAACUCGUUCCAGUUGAAUCUAUGGCACGAUCAGCACCUCAUCAACCAAAUGGAAUAGCAGCUAAUGGAGACAAGGAAGCGGGGAAAACCAAUUCGCCUAGCAAACCUGGAAAACAAUCUUUACUUGGCAAGAAUUUGAAGAUGAUGGGAUUUAGUUUAAAGAAUUCAUCUUUGAAAUGUCCAACUAGGUCCAGAACCGCAUCACCAAAUUGUUUGCAAGGGUUGAAGAAAACCAGCCCCUCUUUAGAUUAUCAGCCUCAAACUAAAAAGCUUCAUGUUGCUUCUGAUAUGUCUGAUGAUGACUUUGUUUGAGUCAGAAUUCAAAUCUCCGUAUAUAAUGUCAUAUGUUGAUCUAGUGAUCUGCUGUCUCUCGUUUAAAAGCUGUCAUCUGCUUUGUAAAUACCGCAUGCAAGCUGGUGAGUUAACUAGUCAUUUUUAGGAAUUUUCUCUUGUGUUUGCAUCACUUUGCAGAAAGUGUAGCAGAUAUGUUUCUUAAAAUGGAAGUGAAGUAUAACUUUUUA